CGGGGCACUGGAAAGGUUAUCGCAAAGAUUUCAAACUAAGUUGUUUGAGGCUGAAUCGAUCGAUCGAAUUGCAAUUGAUCAGUCCGCUCCAUCUGAUCAAAAUGGUUCAACCCAGCCAUCUUCUGGGAAUCGUCAUCCUUAUCCUAAUCGGAUAUUCUUCAGAACUUGAAGUCAAUUCUGAGGAAUCGACCAUGCCGAGAAUUUUAACCACAGUUGUGCCACUUGGGAAACGCCUUAAACUAAGUGUGAUUAGCAGGUAUUAUCCGGCACUAAGUUGGCGAUUCAAUGGUACAGCUGUCUCGGAAAAGUGCGAAAAGGAGACGUCCCCGGAAGGGAGCACCCUAAUCUGCACCAAUAUGGAUUGGUCCGAUGCAGGGCUGUAUGAAUACCGAGGAAUCACUAAAAACCAUCAGGACAUAUUGCUGGCGGUGAAUGUGAAGAUUGCCGAGUGUUCGAAAGAGUUGGCUGCCAAGCAGCGAAUCGAGUGGAAAGAUAGUGCUUCUCAGGAGAGUGAAAAGUGCUUUUGCUCAGGAAUUACUCAUAAUUGUUCGAUGGCGAAUGAUCUCUUCAGGAGUAAGAUAACAGCUAGCAUAUCAGAAAAAGAUAUGGUUGAAUUGCAUAUAACGGCAACAAAGGUGGAAGAAUACUCGAACGAAGAUCAUGAAUCGGAGUUAUCAACGUACUACAUUCUCCCGGAAAAGCUGAAUGGAAAUCUACUGAAGUCAUACGGAGGGUAUCUGGAUUUACCCUCAAUCGAUAAUGACAUUGAUAAGGAUAAGCCGGAUCUGGUCUUGCAGAGUAAAAGUCGGACAUUGGUCUAUUUUGAGAGAAGGGAGCAGGUGAUAAGCAGGAUAAGUGGAGAGCUAAGCAGAAAUUUGGUGUACAUGAAUGAGCAGAACUGGCGUCAGCUGAAUAACAGUGCCGUUUCCAGGGAGAUGUUUUUGACUGUAUUGUCGAACGUGAACAAUUUUUACGUAAAAUAUAACCAAUAUAUGAACUAUGAACCGGUCCAGAUUGUCUUGGAUAGCGCUGAUAUCAAGGAUCACGGUUUGGGUAAAGUUACAACCAUUGAAAAAUGCAAUUGCCGAUCCGGAUACACGGGCCUGUCUUGCGAGAGCUGUUCGCGUGGAUUCUAUCGAAGACCUGCCGUACGAGAGCAAGGAAUUUGCGUUUCUAUAAAAGAGAAAUUGGAACCCAUAGCCUUAAGACUGAAACAUCAAUUGGAGCAAAUUCAAAACAAACUAUAAGUAAGGCUUAAGCAUAAAAUAAAAAUGAACAAGGCCGUUUUGACUAUCUCAAAGUUCAGUAGGAUUUCAUUCAGUUUGUAAAAUGUGGGGUUACACAAAAUUGAGUAGUAAUAUUACUACUUACGAAAGUGAGUGAAAUCUUUCUAAAUUUUGAGUAAAUCUCAUCGCCUGUGAACCGCAAGU